UGGCGGACGGGGAGCUGGGGCGGAGAGGGCCGGGAGAGGCUCCGUGAGCUCGGCCGCACCGGGCAUUUCCCUUGUGCUGCCGCCCGCCCCGUCCCGUCCCGUCCUCUGGCCCGAAGCCGGUUCGUCUGCGAAUAAAGUUUCCCGCCGCGGUGGAGGAUGGAGCCUGCCACUAUGGAUUAUUUCUGUGAUCAGGUACAGCAGAAGGAUGUGGGCCGCAGGAUGCAAGUCGGCCAGGAACUGCUGGAGUAUCUGAGCGAUCCUGCUCGGUCCCCUGAUCUCGAGCAGGACCAGCAACGCCUGGACAAAGUGAUUGACGAGCUAACAGGAUGGGUCAACUCCAGUAAUUUUAAGGUGGCGUUACUGGGAUUAGAUGUUCUAGGUGCCUUUGUCGACAGACUAUCAGGACGCUUUAAAUCCUACAUAGGAACUGUUCUUCUACCUUUGAUAGAUCGUAUGGGAGAUGCCAAAGACCAAGUUCGAGAGCAAGCACAGAAUCUUAUAUUGAAGUUGAUGGAGGAGGCAGCACCACCCAUGUACAUUUGGGAACGCCUUGCUGUUGGCUUUAAACACAAGAAUUACCGAUCCCGAGAAGGAGUGUGUUUGUGUCUUAUUGCAACCUUAAACACUUAUGGUGCGCAACCGUUAACCCUCAGCAAGUUGGUACCACAUCUGUGUAUGGUGUUUGGUGACUCGAAUAGUCAGGUGAGAGAUGCUGCCAUACUAGCCAUUGUAGAGGUUUAUAGACAUGUGGGAGAGAAAGUACGAAUAGACCUUAAUAAGAGGGGAAUUCCUCCUGGAAGGUUGCAAACAAUCUUUGCAAAGUUUGAUGAAGUGAGAAACUCUGGAAAUAUGAUUUUAAGUAAUAUCAGUGAUAAAAGCUUUGAUGAUGAAGAGUCGGUGGAUGGAAAUAGGCCAUCAUCAGCUGCUUCAGCCUUCAAGGUUCCUGCACCUAAAAAGCCAGGAAAUCCUUCAAACAGUGCAAGAAAGCCUGGUUCAGCUGGUGGGCCUAAGGUUGGAGGUUCUUCUAAAGAAGGAGGAGCUGGAGCUGUGGAUGAAGAUGAUUUUAUUAAGGCAUUUACAGAUGUUCCUACCGUACAGAUCUAUUCUAGUCGAGAACUUGAAGAAACGUUAAACAAAAUCAGGGAAAUCCUCUCGGAUGACAAACAUGAUUGGGAUCAACGAACUAAUGCGCUCAAGAAAGUUCGAUCAUUGCUUGUUGCUGGAGCUGCACAGUAUGAUGGAUUUUUUCAGCAUUUACGGUUGUUGGAUGGUGCUUUCAAGCUGUCAGCCAAGGAUCUCAGAUCCCAGGUGGUUAGAGAAGCAUGCAUUACUGUAGCCCAUCUUUCAACUGUCUUGGGAAACAAGUUUGAUCAUGGCGCUGAAGCUAUUGUGCCUACUCUUUUCAAUCUGGUUCCCAAUAGCGCCAAAGUAAUGGCAACUUCUGGGUGUGCAGCCAUUAGAUUUAUUAUUCGGCAUACCCAUGUGCCCAGACUUAUACCUUUAAUAACAAGCAACUGUACUUCAAAAUCAGUUGCAGUUAGAAGGCGCUCUUUUGAAUUUUUAGACCUGUUGUUACAAGAAUGGCAAACACAUUCACUGGAAAGGCAUGCAGCUGUCUUGGUUGAAACAAUCAAGAAGGGUAUUCAUGAUGCUGAUGCGGAAGCAAGAGUGGAGGCAAGAAAGGCUUAUCUGGGUCUUAGAAAUCACUUUCCUAGUGAAGCAGAAACUCUGUACAAUUCUCUUGAGCCACCCUAUCAAAGAAGCCUCCAGACCUACUUGAAGAAUUCUGGCAGUAUAGCAUCUCUCCCUCAGUCUGACAGGUCAUCCUCCAGUUCACAGGAGAGUCUCAACCGUCCUCUAUCUUCUAAAUGGUCUGCAGCCAGCCCAGCAAGCCUUGCAGGCAGAGUUUCAGGAAGCAGCAGCAAGAGUGUUCCAAGCCCAGGAACUCUGCAAAGGUCUCGCAGUGACAUUGAUGUUAAUGCUGCUGCAGGUGCAAAGGCCCGUCAUGCUGCUGGACAGACAGCUGGAGCUGGGCGCUUGUCCGCGGCUGGUCUCCCUCCAGGAUCAUAUGCUUCGCUAGAGGAUACUUCUGACAGGAUGGAUGGAACAGCUUCUGAAGAUGGACGUGUACGAACAAAGCUUUCAACACCAUCUGUUGGUAUCGGAAAUUCUAAAACAGAUUCCAGAGGACGAAGUAAAACCAAAGUGGUCUCUCAAUCUCAGCGUUCAUCAUCGCCAGACCAAAAUGAAGGAUCACAGUCUGCUAACCCCAUUGGUGCUGGCAGUAGAUCUGGAUCUCCUGGAAGAGUUUUGACAACAACUGCACUUUCCACUGUGAACACAGGGGUUCAGAGAGUGUUAGUGAAUCCUGCAGCUGCACAAAAACGAAGCAAAAUCCCACGAAGUCAGGGAUGCAGUAGAGAAGCUAGUCCUUCUAGGUUGUCAGUAGCGCGAGGCAGCCGCAUUCCUCGGCCUAGUGUGAGUCAGGGGUGCAGUCGGGAGGCCAGCCGUGAAAGUAGCAGGGACACAAGCCCUGUCCGCUCUUUUCCACCCCUUGCUUCCAGACACCACUCCAGAUCCACUGGUGCCCUCUACGCUCCCGAUGUUUAUGGGGCUGCAGGUACAGGCUUUGGAAUUAGUCAGUCGAGCCGAUUGUCAUCGUCAGUUAGCGCUAUGCGAGUGCUGAACACAGGUUCUGAUGUGGAAGAAGCAGUAGCAGAUGCUUUGCUCUUAGGAGACAUACGGACUAAGAAGAAGCCUGUGCGAAGACGGUACGAAUCCUAUGGGAUGUAUUCAGAUGAUGAUGCCAACAGUGAUGCAUCAAGUGCCUGUUCAGAAAGAUCCUACAGCUCCAGGAAUGGAAGCAUACCAACAUACAUGAGACAAACAGAAGAUGUGGCAGAAGUCUUAAAUCGCUGUGCAAGCUCCAACUGGUCCGAGAGAAAAGAAGGUCUUCUCGGUCUUCAAAAUUUGUUAAAAAACCAGAGAACUUUAAGUCGCGUUGAAUUGAAAAGGUUAUGUGAAAUCUUCACAAGGAUGUUUGCGGAUCCUCACAGUAAGAGAGUAUUCAGCAUGUUUUUGGAGACACUAGUGGACUUCAUCCAGGUCCAUAAGGAAGAUCUGCAGGACUGGCUGUUUGUAUUGCUGACACAGCUUUUGAAAAAAAUGGGUGCGGAUUUGCUUGGGUCUGUACAGGCAAAAGUUCAGAAGGCACUUGAUGUCACAAGGGAAUCUUUUCCAAAUGAUCUUCAGUUCAGUAUUUUAAUGAGAUUUACUGUUGAUCAGACCCAAACACCUAGCUUGAAGGUCAAAGUUGCAAUCCUUAAAUACAUAGAGACUCUUGCACAACAGAUGGAUCCAGGAGAUUUUGUAAAUUCAAGUGAAACUAGGUUAGCAGUGUCUCGGAUCAUCACAUGGACCACAGAACCUAAAAGCUCAGAUGUUAGGAAGGCUGCACAGUCAGUGCUGAUUUCCCUUUUUGAACUCAAUACCCCAGAGUUUACAAUGCUGUUGGGUGCUUUACCAAAAACAUUUCAGGAUGGAGCCACAAAGCUUCUCCACAAUCAUCUGCGGAACACAGGCAACAGUGGUCAGGGAUCCAUGGGAAGUCCUUUAACAAGACCUACUCCGCGUUCACCAGCCAGUUGGUCGAGUCCCCUCACUUCUCCCACCAACACCUCACAGAACACUUUGUCACCAAGUGCAUUUGACUAUGACACAGAAAAUAUGAAUUCUGAAGAUAUUUAUAGUUCUCUUCGUGGAGUCACUGAAGCCAUUCAGAAUUUCAGUUUUCGUAGUCAAGAAGAUAUGAAUGAGCCUGUGAAACGAGAUUCCAAAAAAGAUGAUGGUGAUUCGAUUUGCAGUGCAUCUGGAAUAGUGGACUUGCGAGCAGGAAGUGGUGUUAGUGAUACAGGCCGAACAGCGCUCGAUAACAAAACGUCUUUACUAAAUACAAUGCCUCCCCACUCUUCGCCACGUUCACGGGAUUAUAACCCGUACAACUAUUCAGAUAGUAUCAGUUCAUUUAAUAAAUCUGCUUUGAAAGAAGCCAUGUUUGAUGACGAUGCAGAGCAAUUUCCUGAUGAGCCUCCCAUGGACCAUUCUGAUCUGGUUGCAGAGUUACUGAAAGAAUUAUCAAACCAUAAUGAGAGAGUUGAAGAAAGAAAAGCUGCCCUGUAUGAGCUCAUGAAAUUAACUCAAGAAGAGUCUUUCGGUGUUUGGGAUGAGCAUUUCAAAACAAUACUACUGCUGCUGCUUGAAACACUUGGAGACAAAGAGCAUGCAAUCAGAGCUUUGGCAUUGAAAGUUCUAAGGGAAAUUCUGAGAAACCAGCCAGCGAGGUUUAAAAAUUACGCAGAACUCACAAUCAUGAAGACAUUAGAAGCCCAUAAGGAUCCUCAUAAAGAGGUGGUGAGAUCUGCCGAAGAAGCUGCUUCCAUGCUGGCCACUUCCAUUAGCCCGGAUCAGUGCAUCAAAGUUCUUUGUCCAAUUAUCCAAACUGCAGAUUACCCCAUUAAUCUGGCUGCAAUCAAAAUGCAGACAAAAGUCAUAGAAAGAGUAUCUAAAGAAACCCUUACUCAGCUUUUACCCGAAAUUGUGCCAGGUCUAAUACAGGGUUAUGAUAAUUCAGAGAGCAGUGUUCGUAAGGCAUGUGUUUUCUGCCUUGUAGCCAUUCAUGCAGUAAUUGGUGAUGAACUAAAACCACAUCUCAGUCAACUCACUGGCAGUAAAAUGAAAUUAUUGAACCUUUACAUUAAACGUGCACAAACAGGCUCUGGACCAGGGGAUGCAACAGCAGAUGUAUCUGGACAAAGCUAAUGAAGCUGACAAGAGUGAACCAGGUCCCCUAAAGAAAGGGCAAGACCCUCUUCAGUGGAAGGAAAAUUCUUACACACAAUUUUGGAACUCUUUUUUUUUUUUUUUCAUUUCUGUUUGUUUUUUCUUUUGUUUUUUUUUCUUUAACCAACGGCUGUCCUCAGCCUGCAUGUGACUGUUGCAAUAGAGUUAUUCCAAAUCCAAGGAAAAACAGUAUUAACAUCAGUUGAUCAAAACGAAAUAAAGUUUAAAAAUAAUCUAAUCCAUUAGUUUUCCUGUUCACAAUCCUCUGUGUCUUCCCAUUAACUUUUGCCAGUGUUACUGUAUUAAAUUUUUUUUAAUGCUAAUUAAACAGGUAUGCUUUAAGCUUCAGAAGUUAAAAUAUAAAUUCUGUUGCUUUCAUUCAGCUGCAGGUAACAUUAUGUUUUUAUUGCUAUUUUGUUUGAGUAUCAUGUCCUUUGCUAGAAACAAGAAGUGAUGUGAAACAAGGCAGGACUAGUCUGAACUGCAGUGAGACUCAGUCACUGUGUUGGUGGUUCAUCUUAUUUACAGCUUGUUUGGGGUAUUCUGGAGAUUGAGAAAUAUGCCUAUAAAAAAGCUGGAUUGAUCCAGUUCUGUAAAAGUGAUAUUGUUCAUUGGUUGUAUGUUUGUUGCAUAAAUAAGAAUUUAGUGUGAACAGUAGAGGACUAGUACAACUAGUACCUCCUAAUGUGGAAGACAGCCCUUUCAGGGUAGCAUUGCCGAACUGGUGAUAGUGUGGCAGUCUGCUUUUUAGCAGCAGAGUUAAUGGUCACUUGAUGGAUGUGAACCAUCCUUGUCACCUUUCGUUCUUCAAGCAGGAUGCUUCAGAAUGGAGUGCUCUGCCCAAGCAUGCUCAGUAUGUAUUUAUCUUUAUCACUAGAAUGUUUCCUCUCAACCUAAUUGCUGGAACCAGUAGUCUUGUAUUGUAACUCACAUGGGAUUUUAUGACAACAGUGCAGAAAACAAUGUAUUUGUUAACUUCCUAAAAGCACCAAGGUUUUCUGCAUUGAAUUUAAAUGGGAGGGGAGGGGGAAUAGUCACAAAUGCUAUGAAUCUUGCCACCUUUUAAUUUAAAAAGUAUAUAUUUUGGAUGAGUUGGGAAAGCUGCACCAAACUACUUGCAUGGUUUUCUUGAAUAGCAUCCUCAAGACCCAUCUGGAUUAAGGUGUGGAAAUGUUUCCAGGGUUUGUUUUUCCAUUUCUGAAAAAGAGUUAGUUUAUUGUGAAUAAUGGUUCUUUGUAUUUAUGAACUUGAUAAUGGAAAGAGAGAACAAAAAUCAAGUAAAUGUGUCCCUAAAUGUUGUCUUUUUCUUUUUUCUUUCUUUUUUUCUUUUUUUAAUUUCUUCUUGUCUUGGAUAUAAGCGACAAGCUAAUUAACUGAGAAGUGGGAUGAAACACAACCCUUCCCAGGAGUAGCUUUUUUCCUGGCUUUUUUUUCUUCCUUUGACUGUGAUGUUGUCUAGUUAUAGAAAGCGUAUCCUGAUAAGAGAGAAAAUAGCGGUGCCAAGGAUGAUGAUCUAUGCUAGGCUAAAAUUCUCUCUACCUCUUCAGGGUGACUAAUUUUUGAAUGAGCUGCUGCCUAUAGCACCCAGUCUAUAUCUAUCUAUAGAAAUAGAAAUCUAUAGAAAUCUAUAUCUAUAGAAAUUCUUCUUUUUUCUUUCUGUUUUUUGUUUCAAAUUAUCACUUAAUCUGUAUGCAAAAUUCUGUUCUUCAACAUGCAGCCAAAUAUCGUAAGAAACUGCUUACACACUUUACUUGCUAGGUACCCUGAAAAACAAAACUGAACAAAAAUGAAGUCAGAUGCUUGUAGUUACAUGAAAGGUUGUUUUCACUUUAGUUUGAAGUGAAUCUGAUAGAAAAAGUUUGAGAUAUGGUUGUUAAAAAAGCAAUGCCGUUGCAGAGAUUUAUUCUAUUGGGGGAAAAGUUGUAGAAAUAUAUGUAAAGACUUAAAACAGGACUGUCAUAACUUGUCACUAGCCCUUUUUAGCAGCUACAUCAGGAAAAUAGUAUCUCCUCUUUCUUUCCUUCGUUAUGUGUAACAUUCUUGUUGUUUUCUACUGUUUAAUUACAUUGUGUAUUUAUAGUUCUAUGCUUACCAUUGUGCAUAUACUGGCAAUAAAAUGUACAUAACAUUACUUAAAAAAAA